AUGAUGGAAUUUAUUCAGUAUCGAAAUAAUGAUCAUUUAAGUCCAAUCCUUUUAAUUCGUAAAAGGAGUGAAGAAACUGAUAUUUUACAAUUUUAUCCAUUGUCAAACACAUUGGAAAUAACUUUUAAUGAUACAUUAGUAAAAAAAUGUUUUUCUUCAUUUGAUCUGACAAGAGUUUUAGAUGUCGAUGAACUUUCUCAUCUUAUCAGAGAAUGUGCUUUGAUAUAUGAUCUAAGCUUAGAUGUUCCAUUUCUUGAAGAGGCACUUAAAACGAAAAUUCUAUUUGACCGUACAUCAUAUAAAUUCAGUUCUUAUUUUUUAACCGUAGUGGUGAAACUUGUACAAAUAGAUGAGAGUUCGAAAGCUUCUGAUCAAAUUCCUAUGAAUGAUUAUCACUCUUUCAAUGAAACAGAAAUGGAUGCUAUUAUUGGUAGAACUUAUAGUACACGUGGUGUCAAACGCACAUACGAAGAAGAUCCUAUUUCAGUAGAACCUAAUCAAAAUAUGUAUCGACGAAAUAAAAUGACAAAAGACAAAAGAGAUUUAUUGCAUUUAAAAGACACUUAUCAUCUUACAGAUGCUGCUUUAAAUGCUAUCUUCCAGUACGUUCGAAGUCACAAGAAGCUUUAUUCCUUAAAAGAGAUUGAACGGCUUAGAAAAAAAACUAACACUAAAUUUCCUAUUUUAUUCACUUCGUCGAGUGCCUAUGUUAAAUUUGAGUAUGCUGUGCGCACAGCUAUAUUUGUUGCUCGUAAACAUGAAAUGAAACUCGAUCAGGUUGACACGCUUCAUAUUCGUUUCAACAUGGAUGGCACCUUGAUAGGAAAUAAACAUAUAGUAGCAAUAUCCAUAAAUUGUAUCGAAGGGGGUCAUGAAUGCCAAAUGGCUACAAAUCUAGUUCCUUUAGGUCUUUUUGAAGUACAGAAAGAGAAUACAGAAAUAUUGCGUAAAAGUUUGCCAGCUGAUUUUAUUAGUGAUAUUAAAUCUGUUAAACAAAUUUCUAUAGGAUCAAAAGUUAUCGAUAUCCGUGUUCGACUAGGUGGCGACCUGAUGAAUGCGGUUUAUGUGUACGGACUUUCUGGAUUUAGCUCCAAUUACCCUUGUAUCUUUUGUACACAACAUAAAGAUGACCUUCAUGUAACUGAAGAUACAGCAUACGAUAAAAAUAUUACAGAAGGAAAAGGAAAGAAUAAGAAAACUAUUACCGUUCGUGUUGGUCCUACUUCUAGUUAUGAUCCGGCUAAGCGAGCACGGUCUCUUGUCGAACAAGCCUCGUGCUUAACAAUGAAAAAUAAUGAUUUAGGAUAUAAAUGUGAACCUCUUUUUGGAGAUCUCUUUAAUUACCAGGAUUAUUGUAUCGACACACUUCAUAUGAAACUACGAGUUUUUGACGUGAUUUUGAAAGAUAUACUCUCAUGUGCUUCUCGAACCGGUAAAUAUGGCAAUGAGCACUCAACCAUCAUUCAACAAAAAAUUGAAAUUCUUAACCAGCAUUGUGAGAAAACUGUAGGAAAACGUUUUUUCUUUCAAAUGGACUCAGAUGAUAAAAAUAAAACAAUAGGUUCUCAUGGAAAACUUACUGGUCAUCUUCAAGACCUUUUUUUUGUUGACAGUUUUCCUUAUGAUGAUAUUCUUAUCAAUGAAGUCGCUAAAUCAGCUCGAGCUGUUGUCAACAAAUUUAAGCAGAUUCUUAAUCAGCUGAAGCAUAGUUCUAUAAAACAAAAAGGUGUUCUUAAACGUUUGUCGCUCGAGUUUGUUAAAGAGUUUCGACAAAGUGGUCUUCGCACGACUGUUACUCCCUAUAUUCACAUAAUUGGUAAUCACUUAUUUGAAUUUGAUGAGUUUAAUGACCUUGGAGAUUACAAUAUGCAAGGCGUUGAGAAGAACAAUGAUAUACUUUCUCGCCUCUACUUCUCAUCUACGAAUCCAGCUAAAAAUCCUCUUCUUACUAUGCUUCAGAAAAUGUAUCGAAUGUUGGAAAUGAACUUUGAGGAUGAGAACGAAAGAGAAGCGAUGGCUAUAUUUGCGCGUACAGGUGUGUACGAUUUUGUUGAAGACCUGAGUGAAUAUGAAUCUACAACUGAAUAUAAUACUUACACCCGUAUUGAUGAAGAAAAUGAUGUAGAAAGUGAAGAAGAGUCUGCAGAACUUGAUCUGCGUAGAAGAGGAACUGAAGAAGAAGAUGAAGGUGAAACAAACUCUGAAGAUUCGCUAGUUUGGGCACCUGAAAAAAGAUUUCAUACCUUAUUUUUACCUCGUUCUCAAAAUCAAUUUAAAAGUUUUCGAAGAUCGUAA